AUGCUUGCUAAUGGCUCAUUACCAGCGAAUGCGAACGGCCUGACCCAAUACAAUCCCCUCCUAAUAGCCAUGUUACAACCAUUGGCUUUGCAACAAUUGCUACAAGCACAAGCUCUUCAACAGCAGUAUAUGCAGUUGCAACAGCAAGCAUUAGCUCAACAACAAAUGGAAGCUCAAGCACUUUGGGCAUCGUCAAGUAUUUCGGCCAGUCCUGCACAUGCUUCAGAUAGUGAGGUAUCGGAAAUGUCCGAGUUAUCGCCAGUUCCGCAAACGGAGGUGUCAAUGCGUCCGCACUCACCUCCAUUUAAAGAUCCCCAUCAACUGGCCGACAAAUCUCUCUUGAGGCUUCUCAACCUCAAUCAACUCUCCGAAAAGGAACAAAUGGCCGUGGCUGUACUGGCUGGAUUUGCCUCAAUGGGACGCUGA